AUGCUUGGGACCUCAGAAAAUCCUCUCCCCACUCUCACCCAGACCACAUUCGUAGAUUCCUCCUACCAGGCACACGGCUUGUGUCAGUGUAACCAAUGUGCACCCAUCGUCCUAGGGCGCACUCUCCCGGUUCUCAACCAGUCCACACUUGUAGGAACCUCCGACGUUACAUACAACUUGGGUCACCAUGGUGCAUACGCAGUUACUCUGACUCCUCACAACCGGAGUGCCUUAAAUGAACUCGCAGGUGUUCCGCUUCUUACUUCGAAGCUACCCGAUCGUCAAUCAAUUUACCCAAGUCAUGAUCUACCCUACAUCUUGACCACGACAGAUCCUGGCAGAGAGCCGCCUGUCAAGAGGCUACCCGCCGCCAUUCUUUCAUAUAUUUUCGUUUUGGCGCAUCAUCGCGAAGAGCCUCUCUACGCAAACUUCACUUAUAUGUGUCCUUUUCAUGCCCUUGCUUUCCCUUGGGUCGUGAGUAGCGUAUGUCUCCAGUGGCACAUCGUUGCGCGAAACACAAAGGAACUGUGGCGGAAGAUAACGAUAUCGACAGGUGACCAUUUCACUCGCAGAUGGGUGGUAAAUGGAUAUGCGUUGCGCCGGUGGAUGCUCUUUUUCCUUGGCUCGCCUGAAUGCCUCAAUCCCGAUCAAUGGAGCGCGUAUGGAUCUGGGAUGGAUGUCCACCUCAGGACUUCAGCUUCAGGGUUCUCGAACACGGACUACCAAGUCCUAUUGAUUCUCCUGGAAUAUUCCCAUUACUGGCGCACUUUGCGAUUGGAAACGCAUCGCCCUGCGCUGUCAGUCAUUCAAAUGAAAGGUGUCCAUGCGAGCUCCCUCGAGACCUUGGACAUUUCCCUUUUCUGUGGAGACGCAGUUGACAUCGACCUCCGCGCUACACAAACCCCGUCGUUUCCUUCACUGUUUCUCUCUGCUCCAAAAUUGAAGAAUCUGUAUGCUUCAGAGGCAAGCCGUUGCCUUCAUUCGUUUCGGCUUCCAUGGGAGCAAUUGGAUUCCAUCCGUAUCACGCAUUGCGGUCUGGAACACGAUCGGAUCACGUUGGGUUUGUGGUUGUUGGCGAAUACCAUGUCUAUCAAGACCGUGCAGUUGGAGGCGAAACGGUCGGCCCCUACGAAGCCGACAAUGAACGCGCUCAUCGCAUGUACGAUGUUUCGUAACCCUUCGGUUCAAGUGUUCGAGUACUGUUGUCCUGAGGAUGAAAUUUUAUAUUCGAAUCCCUUCGCGAUACAUGUCUUUGACCGCCUUCUGUUACCCAACCUCAAGGAGCUCAUUCUACGCGACGAUUCCCAUCCUCAAUCAUUCCAAGCGGCACGUAACAUGAUUCUUCGUUCCAAAGCGUCCAUUUCGCAUCUGACAGUUUUUGGCGUAUUGUCCCGACAAGGACUCUAUCAAUUGUUAGAGGUCGUGGAACCAUCUAUCGAGUCUCUCACAGUAGGGAUAAACCCGCUUGAAGCUCAUUAUGCAUUCACAUCACUCGAAAUCAUCAAUUGGUUCGAUUUUCCUCGCUUGAAGGAGCUCACUUUUGUCAUCCGAGCAUCUCCACUCAUGUCCUACUUGGCGACGUCCCCUCGCUGGCAUCGCGCUCGAUGUAUACGAACUCUUCUUAACAUCAUCGAAAGGAGAUGGCCAUCACCAGCGAUUCAUCCCUUCGGAGGGAAUCCUCGUCGCCGGGGUGUCGUACCUGCCGCCUCUUCUGCACCGCUAACAAAGUCGAGGAUCGUAUUCCGCACCAGCGAUCUGGAGAUUGCGGAAGUUCUCGGUACGGUGUUACAAGACUUUGAUCGAGGGAAUGUUGAAGUUGGUCUAGAACGUGUGGAUCCUGUGCCUAGGCUUGUGGUGGAUCCACGCCAGGACGCCUUUGUAGUGUGA